AUGGAGCUGGUGGAUGAAGAGGAUGAGGAACCGGAAAUCAAACCUCAGCGGAAGCCGGUGAACUUCCGCAAAGAAAUGCUUCGUUAUCAGAGCUUAAGGAAUCACAUUAACGAAACCCAGUUUCUGGCUGCAGAAGAGGAUGAGUUUGACGACAAAGACAGUAACAUCUGGAGAAACUUCGUAUCACAAUGUUCCGCCACAUUUCUGGCUGUUUUUGCUGUCAUACCUUCCAGAAACCUACAGACAAGCAUCCACGCCUCAAACGAGUUGGGAAAAAUCUCAUUAGUGUGCAUGUAUGGAUCCUAUAUUAUUGGCUGCAUCUUCACAACGUUUAUACUCAGAAAAGUCAAAGCCAAAUCCUUGCUUCUGGCAUCACUCUUCUUCCAUAUUUUAUAUUCCGUGUCUAAUGUCAUACCUUCUGGUUACACGCUGCUUCCAUCUUCGUGUCUGGUUGGGCUAUGCCAGCCUGCCUUCUGGGCCGUGCAAGACAUGCUUUUGCUGAACUACGGGCUGAAGUAUUCCGCCGCUACUCGAAUGACGCCCCAAAAAGCUCUUCGUCUCUUUCAAACCGUCACUAUCAUCACCAUCCACUCAGCGCAAAUUCUGGGCAACCUGCUGAGCUCUGGCCUCAUUUCCGUAUCUCAAUUCAAAUGCAAUGAAGACUGGGAAAUGAUCAACAAAGCUGCUAAUUCAUCGUCAUCAUCUUCCAGCUCAAAUGCGGAAAAACUUUUGAGAACUGAAAAAUGGACAUACACGCUACCAUUCACACCGCUUCAGGCUCAUAAAACCACCGAGCCGUCCCCGCCAGUAAAUUUCUACCAACUGCUCACCUUGAUAUACCUGUGCAUGAGCGUAGUUGCCAUGGGGGCAGUGUUAAUUUUCUUUGAAAGCCCGGACACUGUCCUUCAGAGGCGUGUCUUGUCUUGGAGAGAGAGGGCCAAGGAGAUCAAACAGUGCGUGUCAGACCCCCGAUGGCUGCUGGCUUGGUGCGCUGCAUCCUAUGUUGGAUACGCCCAGGGCAUCAUCAUGUGUGACAUCUCUAAA